UCUACCUGAAAAAUGUAGUUAAGUAUCAACUGGAGAUUACUGAGGUCCACAUACUCGUAGAUCAUCUAAUAAUUUCUCAAGGCAAGUGUGGACAGAUAAAGAUAAUUUUGUUGACUUAUCAUCACAAAUCAACAUUGGAUGUAUAAUAUAUACAGCAAAUUACUCAACUUAUUAUACUAUCUUAGAGGAAAGACAGUACUCAAUGGAUGCAACACUACUCAAUGUGAAAUCAGUAUAUUCCUUUGCUGUCCUGCUAUUGCUAAGCAUCAAAUCACUUGAUACAAAGGCACAAUCACCCAACUACAUGGGAGAUGACUGCCAUAACACCACCCAAAAACCUCUCAGCGGUGAAUACCAAACCAACCUUAACAGCAUACUCUCAUGGCUAUCCACAGAUGCAGCCACAAGCAAAGGUUAUAACCACUACAGCUUUGGCAACAGCACCUCUGGAAAUCAUGCUGUGUAUGGCCUCUAUGAUUGCCGCGGCGACGUGGUUGGAUACUUUUGCCAAUUCUGUGUCUCUACUGCUGCCAGAGAAAUUCUUCAGCGCUGCCCCAAUGGAGUGUCUGCUUUCAUAUGGUAUGAUUUCUGCAUGCUAAAGUACUCUAAUGAAAACUUCUUUGGGAAUGUUACAGUAGACCCAUCAUGGCAUGUUGUUGGAACAAAAGAUGUGUCUAGUGCAGAAGAGAUUCAGAAAGGUGAAGAUUUUAUGAGAAGUUUGAUCAGAAAAGCGACUCUGGUGACCAACCAGUUGUACUAUAUGGGUGGCUUCAAUUUGAGUUCCUCUCAGAGAAGGUAUGGCUUGGUGCAAUGCAGUAGAGAUCUCACAAAUGAGGGGUGUAGACAAUGUUUGGAGACCAUGUUAGCACAAAUUUCCAAAUGUUGUGAAAAAAAGUUGGGGUGGUUUGCUGGGUCUGCAAGUUGUCUCAUGAAGUAUGAUGACUACAUGUUCUACCUUUUUCACAACCAAUCAUCUACAGUUCCUGAGGCAUAUAGAAAAAUAGCUAAACAAGGGAUUAAGAUGUCAAAAAUCUUGAUCAUUAGCUUCAGUGUGAUUGGGUCAAUAACUCUACUAUGUUUCAGUGUUUAUUGCUUCUGGUGCAGGAGUCGUCCUAGAAAAGAUGGACUGAUACCUCACACAGUUCGUCUAUCCUCAUAUCAAAAUGUUCAAACUGAGGAAACAUUGAAUCCAGACCUGCCUACAAUCCCAUUAAUCGCAAUUCAGCAGAGUACUGAUAACUUUUCAGAAGCAUCUAAACUAGGGGAAGGUGGAUAUGGCCCUGUUUACAAGGGAAUUCUACCAGAUGGAAGACAAAUUGCGGUCAAAAGACUCUCACAAGCUUCUGGUCAAGGCUCAGAAGAGUUCAAGAACGAAGUAAUGUUUAUAGCUAAAUUGCAACAUCGCAACCUUGUAAGACUUUUGGCAUGCUGCUUGGAGGAAAAUGAAAAGAUACUUGUAUAUGAGUAUUUGUCGAAUGCAAGUCUCAACUUUCACCUGUUUGAUGAUGAGAAGAAAAAGCAACUUGAUUGGAAACUAAGAUUAAGCAUUAUCAAUGGAAUAGCAAGAGGUAUUUUAUACCUUCACGAGGACUCUCGACUUAGAGUAAUUCAUAGAGAUCUCAAAGCUAGCAAUGUUCUAUUAGACCAUGAUAUGAAUCCCAAAAUAUCAGAUUUUGGACUGGCAAGAGCAUUUUCAAAGGGCCAGAAACAAGCAAAUACAAACCGAGUAAUGGGCACUUAUGGAUACAUGGCUCCAGAGUAUGCUAUGGAAGGAUUAUUUUCGGUGAAAUCUGAUGUUUUCAGCUUUGGAGUUCUUGUUCUAGAAAUUAUUUGUGGGAAAAAGAACAGUGGAUUCUAUCUAUCAGAAUGUGGACAAGGUCUUCUUUUAUAUGCUUGGAAAAUAUGGUGUGCUGGAAAAUUUUUGGAACUAUUGGAUCCAGUGCUGGAGGAAUCUUGCAUAGAGAGUGAAGUUGUGAAGUGCAUACACAUUGGUCUGUUGUGUGUUCAAGAAGAUGCAGCAGAUAGACCAAACAUGUCCACUGUUGUUGUAAUGCUAGCAAGUGACACAAUGGUCCUUCCAAAGCCAAACCGACCAGCUUUUUCAGUUGGAAGAAUGGCAUUAGGGGAUGCAUCAACUUCAAAAAGUUCCAAUAAACAUUCUAUUAAUGAUAUAACAAUAUCUAACAUUUUACCAAGGUAAUUGAAACUAGGAUACAAACAUCUUUCCCUUGUUGCUUCUGAAUUAUAAUCAAACUAGAAUACCAAAUAAGAAGGAAAUGAAGACUUUCCAGUUUUUUUUUUCUUCUGAAAUCAGACUAAAUCAUGUUGACCCAAUGCUGGUUAGAAAAAUAUAUAGGUAAAAAAAUAAGCUUUUCCAUUGUACUAUAUCCAUCUUGUAAGAUAUUGAAGAGCUUCUAGCAAAUCAGAAGCAUUUUCUGUUUUA